AUGUCUGAAGGAGAUAAGUAUGAUAUCUUGGAGAAGAUAGGGCAUGGCUCCUUUGGAAUUAUUAGAAAGGUCCGGAGGAAGCAGGAUGGUCAAGUUCUAUGUCGCAAGGAAAUCAACUACCUACGCAUGUCGCAGAAAGAACGGGAGCAGCUACAUGCUGAGUUCGCUAUCCUAUCAUCACUACGGCAUCCGAACAUAGUGGGCUACUACCACCGAGAGCACUUGAAGUCGACUCAAGAUCUCCACCUCUACAUGGAGUAUUGCGGGAAUGGAGACCUAGGCCGAGUCAUCAAGGACCUUCAAGCCAAAAAACAAUAUGCCGAAGAGGGCUUUGUGUGGAGCAUGUUCUCUCAACUGGUGACCGCCCUUUAUAGAUGCCACUAUGGUGUUGACCCGCCAGAAGUUGGGAGCAAUGUCAUGGGCUUGGGUAACUCUGCGAAGCCACGUCAACCUGCCGGCAAUGUUAUGAUUCUGCAUCGCGAUUUGAAGCCAGAAAAUGUUUUCUUGGGAGAGGAUAACUCCGUCAAGCUUGGCGAUUUUGGGCUCUCCAAAAUUAUGCAAUCGCAUGACUUUGCCUCUACCUACGUUGGUACACCAUUCUAUAUGUCUCCGGAGAUUUGCGCUGCAGAGAGAUACACUCUGAAGUCCGAUAUAUGGUCGCUAGGAUGUAUUAUCUAUGAACUCUGCGCCAGAGAACCGCCUUUCAAUGCGAAAUCCCAUUUCCAGCUUGUCCAGAAGAUCAAGGAAGGGAAAGUUGCACCAUUGCCCCAAGUUUACUCUCCAGAGUUGAACGCCGUCAUCAAAGAUUGCCUUAAGGUCAAUCCAGACAGACGCCCGGAUACUGUAACGCUACUUAAUCUCCCCGUUGUCAAGCUCAUGAGGAAGGAGAAGGAGGUGGUCGAGUUGGGUAGGAUGCUGAGGAACAAAGAGGAGGUAGCUUCGCGCCGAUUGAAUGAGGCUGAAGAACGACUUCGCAAAUCUGAAUCUGAGAAGACGGCAAUGCGCUUAGAGAUCGAGGCCUCUCUCCGAAGGGAGUGGGAAGUUAAGGCGCAGCUAGAGAUCAAUCGUCUCGUCCAGCAAGAGAUCGAGAAGUUACAAAAGAAGUUCGACUAUGAGGUGCAAGAACGGGUUGAUUCCGAAUUACAGAAGCGCUCCAGUACAGAAAGUGCCAAGGCAACAUCGAUCAAAGACUUCUCUGGAUCAAAUUCGCACCCUCAAAAUGACAUCCAAUUCUCAUCUGUCGGCACUAGUGGAGAUGGCGAUUUCCCUUCCUCGACAGACUUGACCGAUCUGUCACUUGACUCCCCAGAACCCUCAAAGGGCCUCAAGAAGAGCACCCGAACUCCAUUCGGGCGAGCUCAGACUAUGUUCGCCGGAACCCCGAUGGACAUUGAAAUGGGCGAGCCAUCCCCAAUAUCAAUCGCCUCGCUUUCUCUCUCCCCACGUCGCAAUGGGGCGGCCAAGGCCCCCAAUGGUGGGCGCAAUAUCUUUGCGGCGGCAGCUGGGGCUGAAGCCCGUUGGCAACCAUCACUUAUCAAUUCAGAUGAUUCGGAUGAUGAUGAUGUGCCACCUCAUCCGUCACCAACGAGGCAAAAGUCUGCCAAAAAUCCUUUCAAACCUAGCGGUGCUCGACCGGCCCUGAUCUCUCAAAGGACUGUACCAGCUCACAAACCGUCCCAGCUUAACAUAUUUAAUGCUGCAAAGGUCAACUCAACGCCAACCUUGCCGUCGCUGUCAAGCGCGCCCGAUUUGCGGCCACAAGCCAGCAGUGCCGCACUCAAGGAGCGGAGCUCAUCACCCAACCGGAGACUAUCCAAGAUUCCUUCAUCCACAAACUUGCACUCUCAUGACAACCGACCAACAUCUCCCACAAGAAAAAGUAGCUUAACCAAGGGGAAGAAUACCGGAGGGGAUGAUCUCAACAAGAUAGCAACAAAAAAUAAUAUGAUCAAAGCUGGUAGUGGUGGAAAUCUCGCACCCAAGGGCAGGACAUUGGUCGAGUUGGCGCAAGCACGAGCAGGCGGAAGACCAGUCGACGAAGGCAACCGAAGCCCGGAACCAAAGGGGCGAGCAUUCGCAGCACGGAUGACUGACAAGGUAGCGGCCAGAGAUCAAGAAAUUCCAGUGUGGGAUCCGGAGCGAGACGAGAUGCCGAGUCCAUUCUUGGUCCGAACUCGCGCUCCAGUCAGGAGACUGUGA